CGAACAAAAGAAAGAGAGGAAAAGCAAAGAGAGAUAAAAAUAAAAAAGGGGAAUAGUUUGAAGAGAAGUGUGGGAAGUUGGAAUGAAACCACAAAGGGACAGCAGAAAGAGGUGCAUGAUGGUUUUGAAAACCCACCACCCCACAAAAUCGCAACGUCCGAUUAAUUUGUUGAAGAUAUUUUAAACAAGAAAAUUAAAAUGAAAAAGAAAAGUAAAGAUGUCUGCUGCUGCCAAACAAUAGAAAAAACCAAAGGGAUGCAAAGUUCAAAAAUCAUUAUUUAAUGUAAGCUAAAAGUUAACCAAACUUUGAUGCUGUAUCUGGCGGAGACUUGGCCGCCGGCUUCCGCUUGUUCUUGUUGAUAUUGUCUUAUUGGCUCAACAUAUUUAGUUGAUGUUAUCGUAUAAUCAAGUGCUGUGCGGGGGAGCUGCUCUGCUGCCUCAUUAUGGAUUCUUCCUCUCCAGAUAAGCCCAAGAAUUCGUGCCGAUCGCCGCUCUCCCGAACCCGUAGUAGGCGUCAAAGUCGCACAGGCACUGCGGUGGUUGUGGUGGCGGCGCUUCUCGUUUCUACCACCGCAUGGCUCUCUCUUGUAUUCUCCGGAACCACCGCCCGUUGCUUGCACCGCUUUAGGAGGAGCCCCGCAAUCUCCUCCUGGCCUCCUCCUCCUCCUGCUUCGCCUCUCCUCCAAUUGCAUUUGGGCCGCAAUCGCAGUCUUUCCGAGGAGCAUUGCGAACCGGCAGUCCAUCAUAUGAUGUUUGGCAUAGCCGGAUCCUCUCAGCUAUGGAAACGUCGAAAGGAAUUCCUGAGGCUUUGGUGGCGCUCUGACGACCUGAGAGGCUACGUGUGGCUUGAAGAAGGCGUGGCGCAAGAGGACUGGGACGAUUCCUUGCCGCAAAUCAUGAUCUCCGAGGACACCUCCCGCUUCCGCUAUACCAACCCCACCGGCCACCCUUCAGGACUCCGCAUCUCCCGCAUUCUCUUGGAGACCUUUCGCCUUGGAUUGCCCGGCGUCCGCUGGUUCGUUCUUGGGGACGACGACACCGUUUUCAAUGUGGACAAUCUGGCUCUUGUCCUCAGCAAGUAUGACUCUUCCCAGAUGGUCUACGUAGGUGCUCCGUCCGAGAGCCACUCUGCCAACACCUAUUUCAGCCACUCCAUGGCCUACGGAGGCGGUGGUAUUGCCAUCAGUUAUCCACUGGCGGAGGCGCUUUCCAACGUUUUAGACGAUUGCAUCGACCGAUAUCAUAAACUCUACGGGAGCGACGAUCGCCUCCAUGCCUGCAUUUCUGAGCUCGGCGUUCCUUUGUCCAGAGAACAAGGCUUCCACCAGUGGGAUAUUAGAGGGAAUGCUCAUGGUCUUCUAUCUUCGCACCCGGUUGCACCCUUUGUGUCCAUUCAUCAUGUGGAAGCUGUUGAUCCGUUCUACCCUGGCCUGAGCUCUUUGGACAGUUUACAACUGUUCGCUAAAGCUAUGACUGUUGAUCCCGUGAGCUUUUUGCAGAGGUCAAUUUGUUAUGACCAUGCUCGCCACCUUUCCUUUUCCAUUUCUCUUGGAUAUGUCAUUCAAGUUUUUCCAACCAUUGUGCUUCCUGAUGUACUCGAGCGCUCAGAAACUACUUACUCUGCUUGGAACAAAAUCAGAGAUCGCAGUGAAUUUGAUUUGGAUACCAGAGCUCCUCAUAGAUCUAUUUGUAAAAGGCCUGUCCUCUUUUUCUUAAAAGAUAUAUCAAAACUAGGCAACACUACGCAUGGUUCAUAUGCACGGGCCAGGAUGAAAGAUGAUUUUAAAAGAAAAAUUUUAUGUUUUCCGCGUUCACCUCCUCUGCCUUACGUAGAGAAUAUUCAGGUGCUUGGCUAUUCUGUGGCGAACAAGUGGCAUUUGGCACCACGUCGUCUAUGUUGUAAACUGAAUCGAACUAGUGAUGAACUACUUACGUUAUCAGUUGGGCAGUGUGGGAAGGGAUCUUCUGGUUCUUUUAAGGAUUCUGUUUGAUUGUGAUAUGCGGUUGAAGAAGGGCCAUUAGGACUCUCUUAAGCUUUGUAUCAUCCAACACCAUUGACUUGCAGGUGUUAGUGGCAUGCUAACAAAAUGCAGAUAUGAGAAUCCAGCUUUGUACAAAUUGAGUCUAAGAUGAGCUUGCAAAUGCGACUUACAUUCUUUGCCUUCCUUUUUUCAUCAGAAGGUACAUAAUCAUUAACCGCUAUUUGAUUUUGGAAGUUGCUAACAAAUUGUGGUGUUACUUUGGUUAGUUUACUUAUGAAAUGCAGAAGAUUCAUUUUUUCU